AUGCCGACAAGUGAAGCUGGCACCGGUGUCCACGAACGACUCUGGGGUCUAAGAGCACGUACACUUCCUGGUGUCACACUAGAGGAGUAUGCCUUCUGGGCAAAAAUCGAGCGUGAGAUGGAGGAGGCAGAGUAUAAGCGGUACCUCGCUGCAACCAAAAACCAAAACUUCCUGGGUGGUAUCAAAGCCUACUUCAGCCUCAAAGGGGUCAACGUUGCAAGGGCUAUCGAAGCCGUAUCGGACACACCACUCGCCCUGCCUGAUGUCACUGCGAACGAAAAGCCAGCCAAUGUUGUCGCUACUACUGAGGGCGCUGACGGUGCCAGAUUGAGCUCCGUUUCUCCCACUCACGACUACGACGCAGAAUGGCGACGAGCUGCUCGUGCCCUCCGCACCUCUGGCUGGAUGACUGUUUUUUACUUGAUCACCACCGACAUUCUUGGCUGGAGUCAAACACCUUACGCGUUCGCUAGUGCUGGAUAUGGCGUGGCGGCAAGUUCGUUCAUUGUCUUCGGAAUCGCGGCCAGUGCUUCUGGUUUCAUGAUCUGGAGAACGUUCAUAGGCCUUGACUCUUCACGGUACCCUAUCUUGAGCUUCGGCGACCCCUUCUUGAGGCUCUUCGGCCCAAAGACGCGAACCUUUAUCAAUAUACUGCAGGCUUUUCAGAUAUUCUGCACUGUAGCGGUCAUCUUGAUAAGCAAUUCCCAAAAGCUCUCACAGCUCGUCCACGCCAAAAUCUGCUAUAUCGCCAUCGUUACUAUCGUCGCAGUCAUCGCUAUGCUUUCGGGCUGGCUUCUAGCUCUCAGGCACCUUGGCUGGCUGUGCAACUUUGCAGUAUGGAUCAACGUUGUCAGCUUUAUCGUCAUUAUGGUUGCAGCUGCAAUCCAUGGGCCGGACACAACUGUCGCCAUCCAGACGACACUUAUCAAGAAGAGCGAGCCAGUCAAGACCUUCGUCGGCGUUCCGUCCCCCCAAUACCAGCAACAAACUACAAACAUGUUCGCAGCAGUCCUCAACGGGAUCGACACUAUCGCGUACGCCUAUUAUGGAGCUCUUCUCUUUAUUGCCUUUAUGGCGGAGAUGCGCCGACCUAUGGACUUUUGGAAAGCUAUGCUCCUGGCCCAGGUAUUUAUCUGCUUAAUAUAUCUUUUGUUCGGCGCCUUUGUUUACCACUUUCUUGGUCAAUACUCUAUCCCGAGUAUUACGCAGGUUAUUGGUCCAUACGCUUUACAGGUGCUAUGCAACAUUCUUUCUCUUAUCAUUGGCUUUCUGGCUAUAUUUCUCUACUUCAACGUUGGCUUGAAAACCGUAUACCUUGAGGUAGGACAGGAAGUCUUGGGCUUGCCAGCGAUGACCGAGACGAAAGGCUAUAUCCUCUGGCUCGCCCUGGGUCCUGUUUACUGGAUUCUUGCAAUGGUGGUUGCGGUGUCGGUCCCCAGCUUCGCUGGCCUUACCAACCUGAUCAGUGGUUUACUUAUCGUCAACUUCACGUACAGUAUACCGGCCAUUAUGUACGUGGCAUACAUCAUUCAGAAGUACUCGGAGUUGCCAGGCGAGGGCUUUGACCCGCACACUGGGGUCACCACUCGUUAUGACGUUGGCUGGAAGCGACAUAUACGUGGACUCAGGAGAAGUUGGUAUAUCAGCAUUCCAAUAACCCUCUUUGCGUGCGGUGGUCUUGCUUGCUCUGCUUUGGGCUCUUGGUCGGCGGUCGAAUCCCUGAUCGAGAUCUUUGGGCCUGGUGGUACUAUUCAGACAUCUUGGGGAUGCACUCCUGUCGGUUAA